AUGAUUCAAAAUAUUAUAAUACUUCAGUAUAUCAACACAUACACGAAAUAAGAAAAAUCAAUAGUGUCUUUGUUAACAAUUACCUAGUAUAUAUUAUUUAAUCUUGAAAAUAAAGGUUACAAGUUUCUUUGUCAUGAAACAAUGGAUUAGGAUUAUAUUCGCCUAUUAAAUAAAGAUCUAAUAAAUGAAGCAAUCCUUAAUCAUUUAUGGAUAGAAUUUGCCAAACAUUAAUAUUCUUUUCAAUAAUUAGAAAACAAAAAUCGUACAAGUUAUUUACGAAUGAUUUAUGUUAUGUAUUUUAACUUUCUUUAGAAUAAUCACAAUUAACAGCUUCAAUCAUGUUAACAGAUCAAUCAAUUAAAUAGAGAAAAUAAAAGAUAGAAUUAGGAAUGAGGAAGCAAAAUAACAAGUAUAUUUUUUCUUUAAAAAUGAUCCUGUUGUCAGAUAUAAUAGAAUUGAUUAAAAAUUUAAAUUGCUCGAUUUUUUAUUAAAUAUUUUAUAAAGAACAAAAAAUGGAUAGUUAAAAGUUAAUUAUAUCUUGGACUAUUUUGUGAGCUUAGAAUACAAUAAAUUGUUACUCUAAAGUUACAUCAAUAAAUAAUAAGAUUUUACACCCCUUAUAUGUCAAUGAUGUAUUUCAUUUUAUGAGUCAAUCCAAAAAUUAAACCAAAUUUUGAUAGCUUAAACAACGAUUGAUUUAGCAGAAAGCUGGUUUGAAAGGCUGAUUUGAUGCUAAAAAACAUCCUUUGAAAGGAUUAAUAAUAUGUGUCCAAGAAAUUCUUUGUUUAAGAGAGUUUGAUAAAUUUGAAAUUGUGUUAAUAGUUUAAGGUUUAAUUUCUAAGGAGAAAUAACUUCUAAAGGCUUUUGACUAUUAUCAUUCUAACUUAUUAAAAAAUAUUACUGCUUCUUUGGCAAACUAUGUUUUCUCAUAGAUUGGUAAACAUCAAAAAUAACAGAUUGAAAAAAAGUUCAAACUUGAAGAUGCAUAAUCCAUUUUUGAUGAUCUAGUUGAAUCGAGUUCCAUUAAAUCAUUAAAUGGUGUUACGCACUAUUUAGAUGUAAUUUAUCUCUUUAACUAAGGCACUGGCAAUAUUUAAUGCAUUUGAAACAGAGCACAAAUGUAUUGAUAUUAUAAGAAGAGCAAUAAUGGAAGAUUAAUGA